CACGACAAAAACACGAUGCGAUCGGUGCGUUUUCGGUUGACAUUUUUGACAAAUUUGACAUUGCAAAAAUUUUGUCGAUAUUGAUAUCGCUGACGAACCAUUUGUAGUCUAAUAGGUUCAUAUAGAUGCCGGUUAUGUUAUACGUCCCUGGGCGCUUUUGCGAAGGUGGGGAACGUUCUAAACGCGCUUCUCCGUAAGGCAUUUCGCCCGAUGGUGCGGUGGCAUCGGGUCGUGCAUUUCGUGGUUUCAUCAAAUUUCGUCGCAGUUUCGGCCAUUUGGCACACUGAAUACAGUGGGCCGAGAACGCGAGAACGCGAGAGAUUUGGGCACAAUAGGAUACGAUCGUGUCAUCGUCUGGUGGGACGUGUCAGUUGCAAAGGGCUUGCGUCUGCUUUUUAGAUCGUGUGUGACGAAGGGCGCGCGCCGACGUCAUUUCUCUCUCUCUUUCUCUCUUUUUGUAUCCCGUCCCAACACGUUUCCACUGAAAGAUGUUGGGCUUGGUUUGCCGUCACACGGUGCUGGCAAAUGCCCAAAAAGUCGGCACCAGGUUCCUAGGGUCGAUAGUACCGAUACCGAAUCCAACAGAAUUCCCACUGGAGAAUGAACCUAUUCUCAGUUACAAGAAGGGCAGCCCGGAGAGGAAGGAAUUGGAGAAGGUCUUGGAUAAGAUGGCCAGUGAGUGUGAAGAGGUGCCAUUAGUUAUCGGCAACGAGGAAAUCAAAAGCAACCUGUGUAAAUAUCAAGUUAUGCCGCACAAUCACAAGGAGAAGAUCGCCAAGUAUUACUGGGCGACGCCGGAUCUGGUGAAGAAAGCGAUCAACGUCGCGGUGAAGGCGCAACGGGAAUGGGAGAAACAGCCAAUCGAGAAGCGGCUGGAGAUGUGGCUGAGGAUAGCGGAUCUUAUGGCAACUAAGUACAGACAGCAGCUGAACGCCGCCACCAUGCUCGGUCAAAGCAAGACCGUGAUCCAGGCGGAAAUCGACAGCGCGGCGGAGUUGAUCGACUUCUUCAAGAUGCAUGCGUACUUUGUGAAGGAAGGCCUCAAGUACCAGCCGAUCUCGCCGGAUCAGCAGACUCGCAACUCGAUUAGAUAUCGCGGCAUGGAUGGCUUCGUCGCGGCGGUGUCGCCCUUUAACUUUACCGCCAUCGGCGGCAAUCUCAGCUACACGCCGGCUCUGAUGGGCAACGCUGUGCUUUGGAAACCGUCCGACACCGCGUUAUUGUCCAACUGGUGGAUCUUCAAGAUAUGCAGGGAGGCCGGGGUGCCGCCCGGCAUAGUGAAUUUCGUUCCCUGCGAAGGACCCGUGUUCGGCGACACCAUCACAACGUCGCCCUAUCUCGCUGGGAUCAACUUCACUGGCUCAGUGCCGACGUUCAACCGUCUAUGGGCGCAGGUCGGCCAGAACCUCGCCAAAUACAGGAACUAUCCGAAAUUGGUCGGCGAAUGCGGCGGCAAGAAUUAUCACUUGGUCCACUCGAGCGCCGAUGUGGAAUCGGUCGUUAACGCGACGAUAAAGAGCGCGUUCGAGUUCAACGGGCAAAAGUGCUCCGCUUGCAGUAGAAUGUACGUGCCGGAGUCUCUGUGGGCCAAGGUGAAAGACGGUCUUUUAGCUCUCCGCCAAAAGCUUACGAUCGGCGACGUUCGAGAUUUCACUGUAUACACCGGCGCCGUUAUAGAUGCAGUCGCGUUUAAACGCAUUUCCGGUUACAUCGAGUAUGCGAAAAAGUCACCUAAGAUGGAAAUUAUCGGCGGCGGAGGCUACGAUGAUUCGUGCGGAUACUUUAUCGAACCAACGAUAGUGCAGACCAAAGAUCCGAAGGAGAAACUCAUGACGGAGGAGAUAUUUGGCCCGGUACUGACGAUAUAUGUUUAUAAAGAUUCCGAUCUGGACGAGACGGUAAAGCUGGUAGACACGUCUACACCGUACGCUUUAACAGGCGCAAUAUUCGCGCAAGAUGAGAAAUGGGCGAGGAAGGCGCUCGAGGACUUGAAGUACACCGCCGGUAAUUUUUAUAUAAACGACAAAUCUACCGGGUCGGUGGUCGGUCAACAGCCGUUUGGUGGUAGCCGAAUGUCCGGUACAAACGACAAAGCUGGAGGACCUCAAUAUGCUUUUCGCUGGGCGUCUCCGCAAGCUAUUAAGGAGACCUUUGUGCCCCUUCAGGAAUACGACUAUCCAUACAUGAGAUCCUAAACAUGAAUCAUCGUUGUUUGCUGACACAACAUUCGUCGUAAUUUUCACCAAUAGUCGUGCGCCGCAAAUCGAGAAACGCUCGUAUGCAAAAUUAAUCAGCAAAGAAUUGUGUGGGAUAAUAAACCAUGGCAUUGUUACAUUCUGCUGCAUUAACUCGACAGGUCUUACUUGCUCAGGUAAGAUAUACAGGGUGUCCCAAAAUUCGCGGCCCAACCGUCGUGUACAGAUAGAGCGGGUCAAACUGAAUAAGUAAGUCCUUUACCACUUUGCGAAAUUUUCAAUAA